AUGUCGGAAGGCUGUUUGAGUGCCCGGCGAGGAGGGAGGCGCGAGAGGGAGCGAGAUAGUAAAGCUGCGUCUCGGGUGUGCGCCCGGGCGCGCGGCGCUCGCUCUCCCCGGGGCACGCGCGCGCGGGCAGGGCGCCUUCCCCGGGCGCGCGUGCUCGCGGGCGGGCGGGCGCGCGCGUCCCCGCCGGCACCAGCGCGCAGCGCCCAGCGGCCGGCCGGCGUCUCCGCCUCCCGAGGGCGCGGGCGGCUCCCGCCAGGGCUGCGGUGCGCCGGCACGUCACGGCUGCUCAAACCCAAGCACGUCCCGAAAGCGGCAUUUUCUGCGUCUGGGAGGUUUUUGCAGCCUCAGUUCCCACCGCCGAGGCUGGCGGCGACCGACUCACCGACCUGUCGCCGCCAGAGAGCUGUCAUUUCAGCACCGGGAUUCAGAAUUGAUCCAGUGCGCCGCCGAGGGGGCACGUCCCGGCUCCCGAACUGCUGCGAGUCCCCGGCUGGAACAAUAGUAGUUUUCCUCAGCGACGCUGCAAUUAACAUCUUAUUUGUUCUGGCUCCACACAGGCUUUGUCGGGACCGCGGUGCCGCGACCGAGGUUGGGCUUUUGCAUUGCUUUCUGCUUGGCAGUGGGAUCGUGGUGGUGGGGUCUAAACUUUUGUUUGGUUUUGUAUUCUUAAUGUGUCUGAUUCUUUUUCAAGUUUCCCUAGUAACAGGUUUCGGGGUGGGAAGAAACGAGAAAAAGGGGGAGGAGAGCUACCGGAUUCUCCAUAUAGACGGGGAAAAGGGAUAAAUUUCCACCACCCCUCCACCUUUUUAUUAUUUAUCUAUUUAUUUAUAUAUGUACUUUGCUUCCUGGACAGUUGGCUGACGAAGUAUUUGAUGAACUAGCUUCAGAUACAUGCCGCAAAAGGUCAUUCGCCUCCUGAUUAUGUCUCCACUUGUAAACGCAGUUGGUGGUUUGCAAAACAAGUGCUGAAACAGUGCGGUGAUGCGGUGGGAGGAGAUCGUAAUGGGUAAUUCAUAUAAAGUGUCGGAGUUUUCCAAGGGGUGAGUUGCUUGAGCGGCAGGUGAAGUUGAAUAAAGCCAUUUUCAGUUAUUUUUUCUCCUCACUCGUUUGCAUUUUUUCUUUCUCUUGUUGUUCCUCUCCCCUGGGGGCGGUUGGAUAGCCAAGAACACCAUUUUAAAAGAGGUUGAUAGUGAAAACUGGAAAGUGCUGAGGAUCUUCUUAUCCAUUGGAGUUUGUUUAAAAUACUAAAAAUUGACCUUUUACUUCUUAAUGCAUAUUAAUAGAGCGACCCUCUUCAAGGCUUUCUCUUCUAAAAUGAGUGUUUGGAAUAACACCCUGUAAGGGAAACAGUUAAUCAUUCCCCAGCAGGCUUUAACUAUGUUCCCAGUAACAAAUCACUAGCAAGAGAGCAGCCUGGGUGGCAUUUUGGUUUUGUGUCAUUUUUGGUUCAUGACAAUAUUUUUUAUUCAUUUAAGGAAAUGUGAAAAGGAAAUAGGGUUUAUAUCCAGAGCAAAAUUCAAAACACUGUGUAUUAAGCAAACACAUUUUCUUUUAAAAACAAAGAACAUUCAGCAAUACAAAGGAGAGACGCAUUUUAUUUAUUUCAACUUCCAUAGAGAUUGUAAUCAUGAUAUUUGCAAGGUAUUUCGGUCAAUUCUGUUACUUUAUCCAGAGCAAAAAACAGAUUAACGAUAGAUGUGGGAUAAAAAUGGAGAAAAAGAAAAUGCUUUGCAUGAUUUGUACAUAAACAGGAAAGAAAAUAAUGUAAGGUUUAAAUAUACUUCUGCUUUACAUCCAGUGAUUUCACAUAUUAUCUUUUAACACUGAUUUUGAUAUUUCUUAGAAAUUAUUAAAGUCUUGACACAGUGACAUAAGAAUAACAGCCGAAAGGGACAAUUUAAAAGGCUUAAUCUUAAACGGAAAGGAGCAUUCACUUCCAGGAUCAUUUAUAUUCAAGUAGAAUGCAGGGCAGGGUCAGAAAAGAAAGCCACCCUUAAUAAAGCGCUUCACCCUUCACACUGUUUCCCAUAACCUUCAUAAAUUGCAGGCUACUGAGCUGGCCUGAUGAUGAUCCUGCUGAGAUAUAUUUAUAGCAGAUGAUUUGUGGAUGAUAAAUAUGCCAAGCAAGACACAGUCUCCAGUAACCCCAGGCUCGUCUGACUUCCUCAGGGGGUCAUAAUCAAGAAUCACAAAAAGAACCAUGUAUGGACAAUCCGGUCUCUGGACCCUGACAAUAGCACAAUCCAAAGGCCAGCCAAGGAGGAAUCACUUUGUUUCAUGUCUGCACUAUGUUUCAUGUGAAAGCAUUGCUGACAUAUUGACCCAACAACAAAAAGAGAGCAGCAGUUUACAUGUUGUAGGCUCUGUGUCCCCUCCUUCCUACUGAUAUUGGUCUGUUUUCAGGCUUUAAUAUAUUUUUAAAACACCAUUUCAAAUUAUAA